GGCGUCACAACGAACACCAACAAGACCACCACCGCAAUGGCGAAGGCGGGGGCGACAAAGCGAGCAGACAACAUCAAGCUGAAAGCCAAGAGGGCGGUGGUGAACCCUCGCAAGCUGACGGCGAGGCCUCCCAAGCUGCGCAGCUCCAUCACCCCCGGCACCAUCCUGAUCCUGCUGGCGGGCAAGGCGCGCGGCCACCGCUGCGUCUUCCUGAAGCACCUGCCGUCCGGCCUGCUGAUGGUGACUGGCCCUUACUCGGUGAACGGCAUCCCGCUGCGGCGCGUCAACCAGCGGUACGUCAUCGCCACGAGCACCAAGGUGGACAUCGGCAAGGUGGACGUCAACAAGUUCGACGACACCUACUUCGCCAAACCCAAGGGCAAGCGCGGAGGGGGGUCCAAGAGUGAGGGCGGCAUCUUUGCCGAGGAGAAGGGCGAGGCCAAGGUGGAGAUCAGCGACGAGAAGAAGGCCGACCAGAUGAAGGUCGAUGGCGCCGUCCUGGGCGCGCUGGCCAAGGCGGACGCCGUCCUCAAGUCGUACCUCAAGACGAGAUUCUCCCUCACCAACAACAUGAAGCCCCACGAACUCAAGUUCUGAUCGGUGGGGGUGUGGUGUGGCGGAUGGGAGUGGGUGUGUGGUGUGUGGUUUCCGUGGCUGCGUGCUGCCUGCCUGCUUGCCUCGAGCGAACAGGACACUUCAUUCGUCGAGUGACUCAUACAUGGACAUGAUGCGCGUUUGCGUCAAUGAGGGGUGAACAGAUCUGAUUAUAAAGG